AUGAAUGGGACAAUUAACGCUCAGAAGUCCCUGGUCCUGGCUCAGUGCGAUCCAGCCAAACUGCACAUCUCUCAGAGCCUCAGUUUCCCCAAUUACUGCUGCGACGACCCGCACAGCUUCUUCCCCUACGAGCACAGCUACAUGUGGUGGCUCAGCAUUGGUGCUCUUGUGGGCCUGUCCAUAGCAGCGGUGGUCCUCCUGGCCUUCGUUGUCACCGCCUGUGUGCUCUGUUACCUGUUCAUCAGCUCAAAGCCUCACACAAAGUUGGACCCAGGUUUAAGCUUACAGACUACAGAACCCGAGGAAAUGUCCCCUGACUGCCAAGAUGGGAAUACAGGCAAGUUCGUGGAGAUACCAGGAGUGAAUUCUCUAAGGCAGAGUCACCCCUUCCUGAACUCACGGCUGGACUGCAAUGAGGAGCAGGCGACGGACCCCAAACACCUCUUCCAGUACUGCUUCAUGGCCACAGUGACUACCAGUGACAUUCCAGGCAGCCCUGAGGAGGCCCUUGUCCCCAAUCUAAUCGCACAUGGACCAGACCCAUAGAUAUCCAAUAAAUUUCUCUACACCAUC